CGAUUGUGACGCCACCGGAGCAGUUUGCGAAAUCGCAACCCACCUCUAAAACAACGCGGACAGUACAAAAUGGCAAAAUGUCCGGUGCAAAAUGGCGCCUAUUAAUGUUUUACCGCGAACCUCGUUCUGAUUUUUAAAAAUGUGAAGAAUUAUAGAAUUAUAAGAAUUAUUUGUUUCCGUAAUCAAUCAGUCCACAUUGUGUGCACUUUGGGGGUAUUAGGAACAUAAGAAGAAGAAGAAUUAUUGUAUUGAUCAAACUACAAUUAUUGUAACUAUAAAUAGGUAGUCCAUUUAUUUUUACGUUAUGGACAUUCAUGAGGACGUUUGUCAUUUUUGUUGUCAAAAAAGCAAAGUUAUUACCAAUGGAAUUUUAUUUACUAAAAUAAUUAAAACAGUACUUAGUGAUGAAGUUUUAAACAGUUCUGAAUUUUCAAGACUUAAAGCAAGAUUAAAUACAUGCUUGUUGUGUGCACAGAAGCUUUUGAUUAUAGAUAAAACCAGAAAGAAAAUUGAAAAUGCAACAGUCAACAAACACUUUAAUUGUAUUCUGUGCAAUGAGGAUGAUCACCUUGUACAGAUACACAACUGGAAUUACUUAAAUCAACUGCUAGAAGAGCUGGACUGUGUAUCAAAAAUAAAAAAAUUCAAAGUUUGUUUGGAGUGUUACUAUUUUAUUGAUACUUGUUCGCAGUUUAAAAAAAGUCUUUUUAGUUCUUUUCCUGGGUUGCAAGUUAAUAAAAUAAAACUAGCAAUAAACUAUCAAACCGAUAUUAAUAAAACAAAAGUAAUGCCUUCAUUGAGUCCAAAGACCAGAAGAAAGUUAAAUAGCUUAUGUUUAUCUAAAAAUAAAUUGUAUAGAGACAAUAAAUUGGUCACAGGGGAUGAACAGUUAUACAACAAAAUUGCAUAUAUUUUGGUGGAACAACAAAAUUUGGAAAAAUUAAAAUUGCAAUGCAGCAAAGAUGCAGAAAAAAUAACUUUAAGAAUGUCUAGAAGAACUAAGGCUGAUACUUUGGAUAACGAAAGUGAAAAAUCUAUGAACAAAAAAACUAGUACCAGUUCUUUCAAAAAAGAAAAUUCGUCAAAACAUACCGACAACGCAUCCAAAAGCAGCUUACCCAAAAUUAAUAAGAAAAAAUUACAGGAUAAAAAGUCUUCACUUGACUUGGUUUCUGAAGAACAACCAACAAGAUCAACGAGAAAUUCCAAAACAAUUGAUGAAUCUUCAUUUGAAUCUUCAAGUGACUUCAUUACAAAAAUAUCUACAAAAAAAUUCAAAAAAGUUGUCUCUGAAAAAGAUUUAGAUUCUACUUUAAGUAAAGAAAGUGAUUUAGAAAAGGAAAAUACAGAAAACAGUUCUGAAGAUACAACAAUAAAUUUGGAUUGUGACAACAAAAUUAAAAGCUCACCUACUAAGGGUGAAAGAAAAAGUAUUUUUGAUGAUUCUUCAGAUUCUGAAAUGGAAGUUGUUUUUGACACUGAAACCUUAAGCUUUGAUGAUCUCUUUAAUUUGGAAGAAAACAAAAAUUACCAAAAAACAGAUGUUCCAACAAAAUGUGCCAAAACCAAGGCUUUUGAUUCUUCUGAUUCUGAAAAUGAAGAUAAAUUAAGAAAUACAGAUACAAAUUCUGAAAAUGUUGCAACUAGCAAAGAAAUCAACAUUGAAGAUUCGCUAAAAAAACAUAACAUUCUUAAAGUCCUAUGCAUAAAUAUUGAAAGAAAAUCACUGGAUGUGGAAAAAAAGAAGAAACGAAAGAGUGUGACAUUUAAAGAGGACAACAUGGUUGAAUAUUUUCCCAUUAUUGAUGAUUAUUCUUCCACACAAUCAGAUUUUGGGUUGGAUGCUGGACAUACCCCAAAACCAAAUAGAAGAUUAUCUUCAAAAGACUCAGAUGAAGAAAGUGAAGAUUUAGAAGAGAUUGACAAAGAAAGUGAAGAAACAAUUACUAAUGGUAAAUUAGAAGAUAAACAAAAUAAAGAUUCGUCUUUAGAAAAUAAAGAAAUUAUGGAAACAACUGAUUUUUCAGAAGAUGCCAUUAUAGAUUUAGACAAUUCACCACCCAGAGAAAAUAAUGAAAAUUCAAUGGACAUUGAAAAAGAAGAAAUAAACACUAAUUGCAAAUCAGAAGACAAAAAGUUUGAAAAUAAAGGUAGAGGUUCUUCGAAAAUUGAGGAAAAUACUACUUAUAAUUUGGAAGAUACCACUAAAAAUAUGGUUAAUACUGUAAAUUUGGAAAAUAAUUUAAUUGACGUUGAAAAAGGAACGUGCAUCACAGAUUCAAAUGAAUUAAUUUCAAAGGAAAAAAACACAUGUGUUGAAGAUCAAGAAGACCAUAAUACUGAAAGUUCAACAUCAGAAUCUGACUCAUUAAACACAGAGACGGAUAGCACAGCUGAAAAGGAAGAAGAAAAUUGUUCUUAUAAAUCUGAAGAAAACACUUUAAAAAGUUCGACGUCAGAUAAUUCCGACUCUUCAAACGAAGAAACAUAUAGCACUACUAACAAAGAAGAAGUAAAUUGUUCUGAUAAAGAGGAAGGUAAAUCUGAAGAAACCUUUUCCGAACAAUCCGAAAGUAUAGUAACGUCGAGUGAAGAAACCGUAAAUAAAAAACGUCAACGUUCUUCUAAUGAAGCAAACAGCGAUACAGAAAGUAACGAACAAUUAAAAAAAAAUAAAAAAACGCUCAAUUUAAAUUCAGAUAGAAAAAGGAAACAUCAAUUUGCUCAGGACAAUGAAGAUUCAGAUGAUGAUGCUUUGAGUAGCAAUAUUAAAAGUCCAGAUAUCAAAGCAAUUAAAUUGAAUAAGAAAGCAUGUUUAAGUGUAGAUACUGAUGAAGAAAGAGAAAAAAUAAAUAGUAUAGCUAAAAAAUAUACUGGUUCUUUAAUAUUUACGCCGGUAAAGGAGAAAGGUGCAUCCGAAAAAAUGUCUCCAUUAAUGUCUCUGCAACAUGAAGAUAUUUCAAAUGAUGAUGAUGAUAUUCUUUCAGGGUUUCAGUGUAUAGAUGAAGAAAGUGCUGAAGAAGAAGUUGAAACCACUGAAAAAGACAGUGAAAGAACAAGGCUGCAAGAAAAAAGUGAAGAUUUAUUAGCUUCACUUAAUAAAGAAAAAACAGAUGUAGACACCAUGGAAGACUUAAGAAAGGCUAUUGAAAAUGAUGUUAAAAGUAAAAAUAAAUUUGAUGAAAUUAUUUUGGCAAGUGAACCCCAAAAUGUAUUGGAUAUGCUUACGUCGGAAUCUGACGAGCUAUAAAUAACACUGGUCAACCAUUUUGCUGCGUUGUAUAUAUUAACUUUUCUAGGGCAUUAUGAGUGCGCUAAUUCCAAUUAGGUCAUGUUUUUGCGAUAUUGUGAAAAACCGUAUACAUUUUUUUUAAAUACUUAACCGUAUUUCCUCGCUGUAAUAAUAAUAAUAAUAAUAAUUUUAUACAUUCAUAAAGUUUUUCCCUGUAACAUGCUUGUAACGAAAUAAAAUUGUUUUUUAUUACAGUAUUGUAACGUGAACAAUUUUUGUCCGAUUUUAAUAAAAUUAAAUAUAAUUUCUAAUACCUUUCUCCAUAUGAUUUAAUGUUUUAAAAUGUUAAUUCAAAUAUAUGGUAACGGGAACGGAAACUUAAACGGUAAAGGUUGGAGAGACUCAGCAAUCGCUAUCGAUCACAGUGGUUUCUUAGUCCCUCCCACCUUUACUGUUUAGAUUCCCGUUCCCUUUACCGGGCUAUUGCGCAGCGGGCUUUAAAAAACAACCGCGCGUGUAAAAACGUACGGUCAUAUUUGCACCUGGCACUUGACUCCUUAAAUAAAUUCUGUAGUAAGUAACGAAUUAAAAAACAAAACACAAUGACACUGUUUAACAAUAUGUUUAAAAAAUAAACAAAACCUUCUUGCAUAAAUUACUACUAAAAUACAUUCCAAAAAUAUGAUUUUUUUAGAAAAUUAUUUUACAUUAGAUUACAGUAUACGUUUUUUUACAAUAUCUUUUAAAUCAGCGCUCCAAAAUUACCCUGGAAAAGUUGUUGGCCUGUGUAAUUAUUGUAAUCAAAUAUUGAUGUUUUUUCUAUUGAUAAGUAAAUUGUUUUGUAGGUACUCUCUUAUAAUUAAUUAAUAUCAUAACAAUAAAAGUGCAGUUUUUAUAUA